AUGAGAAUCACCGCACCCAUAUCACAUCUAUCAGUACUACUGACGUGUGUCAGGCCGAUCCUGGGGCUUCCGAACGUGCUCCGCCCGCAGACUAGCGGCUGCGUCAAAGAGCAGGUUAGCCGCCUCAUCAGUUCUAUUACAUCCGACUUUGUGGGCAAAUUGGAUUCCUCUCCGCCCCGUAGUAAUGUUUCAAUCUCAUCAAACUGCACAUCAGAGACUAUUGUCUACCGCAGGGAAUAUGGAUCCCUUUCCGAGGCUGAGAGGCUGGACUACGUCAAUGCUGUCAAGUGUCUCCAGCGCUUGCCGGCACGCACUCCGGCCAGUGUGGCACCCGGUGCAAAGUCUCGCUUUGACGACUUUGUUGCCGUUCAUAUCAACCAGACGCUAACAUUACACUUCACCGGCAACUUCAUGGCGUGGCAUCGCUGGUUUGUGUAUGUCUACGAGACUGCUCUACGAGAUGAAUGUGGCUAUGGCAGCUAUCAGCCUUACUGGGACUGGCCAAAAUAUAUGGCCGCUCCUCAAGACUCGCCCAUUUUCAAUGGUGACCCGUACAGUCUGGGUGGCAACGGGCAGUAUAUACCACACAACGGCACAGUCAUCACUCCCCCCGAGGGUGUCUCUGGGGGAGAUAUUCAGCUCCCGGCUGGACUUGGUGGGGGCUACGUUGUGACGGGACCGUUCGCAAAUAUGACUGUCAAUCUUGGUCCUUUUGGAGGCACUUUUGGGACUGAACCUAGUCCUGACGGAGGGCUGGGUUAUAAUCCUCGCGGUCUGAAGAGGGAUGUUGGGCCGGGGAUCAAUGAGAGGUACUGUAAUUACACCACCGUCCUUGACCUGCUCGAGAAGCCGACCAUCACCGAUUACCGGUUGCUUUCUGAGGGUGUGCCGUAUACCAUUGAAAUCGGUCCACAUGGCGGCGGGCAUUACGUGAUCAAUGGUGAUCCUGGCGGCGAUCUGUUCACCUCACCAGGCGACCCAGCUUUCUGGGUACAUCACGGGCAGAUGGAUCGCUUAUGGACAUUGUGGCAAACACGCGACCCCUCAACUAGAUAUACCCAGCUGGACAAUGGAACAUAUGGCCACAUCACUUGGGCCAACUCUCCUGCCUCGCGUCUUACUGAGCUUGACGAUAUCAUUGAUAUGGGGUACGCAGGGCCGUCGAUUAGGAUACGGGACGUCAUGUCAACCACAUCUGGUCCAUUCUGUUAUUUCUACGAGGAGACAGCGUGA